AUGGCUGCCGUGGAGCCAGUGCAGGGGCGGGUGACCUUCGAGGAGGUGGCUGUGUAUUUCACCAAGGAAGAAUGGGCUCUGCUGGACCCCGCUCAGAGAGCCCUCUACAGAGACAUCAUGCAGGAGAACUAUGAGAAUGUGAUCUUGUUGGGGUUUCUAGUCUCCAAACCUGAUGUCAUCUCCCAGCUGGAACGAGGGGAAGAGCCGUGGGCUCCAGAUUUCCAGGGCUCAGAGGAAAGAGAGAUCCUGAGAGGCAGCUGCACAGGUAAUGGGAUGGUGAGUGAGACCAUGGAGCAGAAUCCUCAGCAGGAAGAUGAUGAGCAAGGGGAAUCACAUGGGGUGUUAUUGCAAAGAUGCAAGGGGAGUGUGUCCAGGAGCUGUGAGCAGGGAAAAGCCCGUGAGAGUCAGUACAUGCCAGAGAAGUGGCAGGGAAACCAGCCAAGGCAGAAAGUUGGUAAAUCUGUUAAUUAUCAGGGAACUCACAAAGGCCUCAAGGAAACCACGGCCCAGCAGAAAAUCCUGAUGGGAGAGAGAAAUAACACAUGUGUUGAAUGUGGGAAAAAGCUCAGUAGGCGCUCAAGCCUUAUUAGACAUCUGAGACUCCAUGCAGGAGAGAGCUCCUAUGAAUGCUGUGAGUGCGGGAAAACCUUCACUCAAAGUUCACACUUUAUUAAACAUCAAAGGAGCCACAGAGGGGAGAAACCAUACAAAUGCUGCGAGUGUGGGAAAACCUUCACUCGGAGCUCUGUCUUUAUUAACCAUCAAAGAAUCCACACAGGGGAGAAACCUUAUAAAUGCUGUCAGUGCGAGAAAACCUUCGCUCAAAGCUCAAACCUUAUUACACAUCAGAGGAGCCACUCAGGGGAGAAACCCUAUGUAUGCUGUGAGUGCGGGAAAACCUUUGCUUGGAACUCAAACCUUACUAGACAUCAGAGGAUCCACACAGGGGAGAAACCCUAUGAAUGCUGUGAGUGUGGGAAAACCUUUGCUUGGCGCUCCACCCUUGUUACACAUCAGAGGAUCCACAGAGGGGAGAAACCAUAUGAAUGCUGUGAGUGCGGGAAAACCUUCACUCUGUCCGCAGACCUUAUAAGACAUCAGAGAAUCCACACAGGGGAGAAACCCUAUGAAUGCUGUGAGUGUGGGAAAACCUUCCCUCAGUGCUCAACCCUUACUGAACAUCAGAGGAUCCACACAGGGGAGAAACCCUAUGAAUGCUGUGAGUGCGGGAAAACCUUUGCUUGGAGCUCAAACCUUAUAACACACAGGAGGAUCCACACAGGGGAGAAACCCUAUGAAUGCUGUGAGUGCGGGAAAACCUUCACUCGGAACUCACACCUUAGUAGACAUCGGAGAAGCCACGCUCAAGAGUGA